GGCUUGCUUUUUCCCAUUUUAACACCACACACCAUUGACGUUUGUUAUUAUCUCACAUACUGAUCAGGCAUUUCCCUUGUCCGUGUGAGGGUAGCUAACCAGUCUGUAAAGCUCGCAGGGCUAAUGGUAGCUAGCUUAGCAGGCUAACAUUAGCUCGAUUAUCGUCCAUUUUUUUUCUUGAUUGCGCUUAAAAGUAAGUCCCUAGCUUGAUCAGCGUUAAUUAGAUCCACUAGUUGUGAAAAUGCUCUACUGUCGAAGCACAUACGUUGACGCAGCUAAGCAGACUAACACUAACCGGUGAAAACAAGUUUAACACUCAGGCAGCCAUGGCCAACCAAUCAAUGGAUUUCCUAACAAAGGUUUUGGAGCAGUCAGCCAAGCUGGUGGAGGAGAAGGUGGAUGCUCAGUUGCGCGAACUGAAUGAAAUGGAUGAAGAUGAUUUAGAAAGACUGAAGGAGAGGCGAUUAGAGGCGCUUAAAAAAGCCCAGAAACAGAAGCAGGAGUGGUUGUCUAAAGGCCAUGGAGAGUACAGAGAGGUCCCCAGUGAGAAAGACUUUUUUGGUGAGGUAAAGGAGAGCAAGAAUGUUGUCUGCCACUUCUACAGAAACUCCACCUUCAGAUGCAAGAUCCUUGACAAACACUUGGCCAUCUUGGCAAAGAAGCACAUUGAGACCAAGUUCAUCAAACUGAAUGUGGAAAAGGCCCCAUUUCUGACAGAGAGGCUGCGGAUCAAGGUCAUUCCUACACUUGCCCUGCUGUUAGACGGAAAAACAAAGGACUAUGUGGUUGGAUUCACUGACCUGGGAAACGCAGAUGACUUUUCCACAGAGAUGCUUGAAUGGAGACUCGGCUGUGCAGAUAUUAUUAACUACAGUGGUAACCUGAUGGAGCCUCCUACAGUGACGCAGAGGUCGGCCACAAAGUUCACAAAGGUGGAGAAGAAAACCAUCAGAGGGCGAGGUUACGACUCAGAUUCUGAUUCUGGAGACGACUGAAAAGGUCUGACAGUCAUCUGGUUUUCUCUCUCAGGACUAUCUUUUUUUUCGCCUUAUUUAACAUUAUAUUUGCAUACUUAAUUCAAGUAUAAGGAAACAUCACAUUGUGGAGAAUACAGUUUGUGUCACCGAUCUCUGUAUGGACUAGUCCUUAGCUUUAUGUUGAUGAUUUUAUUUCUACUGACUUAAACCUUCAGCUGUACUCAUUAUGGUAGUUCUGUUUAAUCACACAUUUCCUUGUAAACCUGUGAAUCUGUCGUUGAAUAGACAUUAUGAAGCAUGAGUGCCAAGAUGAUCUUUUAGCAUCAGAAUACAUUUUUACACAUUUCCUUGUAGCAACAGUUUGACUUAACUAAUGCAGACUUAAUAAAAAGUGUGAGAGGAAUUUAAAA